AUGGAAUUUUUAAAAGCCACUAAUUAUAUUUUAGAUUUUCAAAUAAUCAGGAACAAUUCAAAAAAUAUACUACUCAAGUAUAAUAAGUUUUUGAUCAAAAUGGAAUACUAUAAUUUUGGAACGAUUUAGGAAUAGACAUAAUGGACCCUGUUAUCUUUCAUAACUUUUAUAUUUUUAAAAGAGAAAAUAUGGUAAUACGAUAAGACAUAACAGUGCAUUUAUGCAAAGCCUGAUUUUCUCUAUGGAUUUAUAUUAUUAAAAGCAUACUCGACUUUUAAUUUAGAAGAAGAAAUAUAACUUUUAAGAGAUGAUUAAAAUAAUAAUCAAGAUAUACUAAAAUUGGUCUAAAGAUAUUGCUUUGAUUUUGGCAAAUAAUCAAAACAAAAAUAAGAUAUCGAUCUACCAACAGCUCAAGGAUUGCUGGAAACAAUUUUAAAAAAUGUUUUCCCAAUAAUUAAUUAAUUUAAUAAUAUGUUGAUGUAAGAAUAAUUAUUUAUUUUAGUCUUUAAAUAAAAAGACUCAAAACCCAUCUAGAGAUACAUAUUUUAUUGUCCUAGAAUUUUUUGAAUAAAUUGGAGAAAUUUUUGAAAAAUAAAUAGAAAUAAGAAUCAGGGAUUAAAUUCAUCCAAAUCACAAAAAAUUUAUUAAUAUAAAUAUAUAAAAAUAAUAAAAUAAAAUUGACUACUUAUGCUUAUGUAAAGCAAUAAUUUUGGAUUAUAUCAUAUAAGCACUGA